GCGUGUAGGUGAUCGCGCAGGGCGAGCAGGGCCUGGAGCCGUCGGGUUGCGGGGCUCGCGUGCCGCCCGCACCAUGAGAUUCCAGGCGGCUGCCGGAGCCCGGGAGGCGCGGGGACUCCUCUGCCACUGUCCCGGGGAUGAUCCCGGAAGGCCAGCGCUGCCUCGAGGGCCCGAAAGUUCCUCUCCAGCUCUGUGGAGACCGUGGAUGCCGCGUCCGGGAGAUUCCGAGCUGACCACAAACGGAAGCCCGUGUGAGCCUUGGGGGAACCAACAAACUUUAGGAUCAAAGGGAGCCUUUGGAUUCCAGCACCCUGUCAGACUCUACUUACCCCUUUCAAAGCGUCAAGAAUACCUGCAGAGCUCUGGGGAGAAAGUGCUGGCCAGCUUCCCAGUGCAAGCCACCAUUCAUUUCUACAACGAUGAAUCGGAGUCGGGGUCUGAGGAGGAGGAAGAGGGAGCCCAGGCCAGUCAUCCUCAGUGCCGGGAGCAGGAGGACAGUGCCGUGGCCCUGGAAGACAGGACAGAGUAGAGCUGGCAAGCCUAUAGGGGGGAAGGGAUGGCCUCAGGGUGACUCUGCAGGGGACAGUGAGUGCUCCAGCAAAUGAAGUGAGUCUCCCAUGCUGGUCCCCCUGUUCCCACCCACGCUGGCCCGUCACCCCUCCUCUCCUGGGAACAGCCAUGCCAGGACUCAGACUCUUGUCCAGUUUCCUCUGAUGGGAGGUCAGAGGCAGUGACUCUGCCCAGCACCUGCAGAAGCCGGGGACCUCACUUUUUUGAUUUCCUGCUCUCGUGUGUGUGUGUGUGUGUGUGUGUGUGUGUGUGUGUGUGUGUGUGUGUGUGUUCCUAUGUAUGUGUUCCUGUGUCUGUAUGUCCGUCCAUCUGGGACUUCUCCCAGCACCUACAAAAACCAGGGACUUUGCUUUUACUUUUGAUUUCCUGGUUUUGUGUGUGUGUGUGCACCUGCGUGUAUGUGUGUGUCUGUCUAUAUGUGUGUUCCUGUGUAUGUGUGCUUGUCUGUCUGUGAUCCAUGCCUUUGGGGAAGGGUGCCUGAUGGAGGUCCCUGUCAACACAAACUGUUCUCAGGAAGAAGGGGUUCAGAGCUCACUCAGCUCUCACCCCAAAAGUCACUGCUUCAUCAGCACACCCUCCUUUGCCCAGAGACCCAUUACUAAUAAUUAGAUAUAAACUCCCAUUUUAAUGGUUCAUUUGAGUGCUCAGUAGCUGUCUGAAAAAAUAUUCUUUUACUUGUGAAAAAAAUGCAAUGCUGAAUAUUCCCACUGGAAUAAGAAGCAAGAAGACGUGAUCCUUUGAGGGAUAAAAGAGACGUUUCCCAGAACUGGGUAAGAGCUGUGUGUGUAAGUGUUUAAGUUGUAAAGGGUUAAUUUUUCUGACUUGGUGACCAGUAUGAUCUUGUUGUUUGCAUGGAAUGACACUAUUUUUAAUUAAAGUAUCUUGUGUAAAAUUACUUUGAGUUUUAUCAUUUGACAACCCAAGGACUGUGCUCCUCAAAGUUUCCCUGAAUUAUCUUACACUGUCUUCCUGUAUAUACCACUUUGUAUGAAUUUUGACUUGGAAUAAAUAUUUCAAAAGAUCA